AGAAAGAGCAGGUCCUUAAGAAAAAUAUGCAUAACCUGCCACGCAGGUGCCUGAAAAAGAAACUUGCCCCAGACAUUACCUCCCCUGAAGGCGCUAGAGGACCCUUAGUUAUACUUGGUGUAUUUGGGGCUGUUGGCCCCUAAAUCCAGUCCUUUGGUCAACUGAAAAAUACCCGAUCCUGGAUUUGGAGCGGGAAAACUACAUUACCCAGAAGGCCACGCAUGGAAUGCCACCAGGCUGAGCCAAUGGGGGCUCAGAGAAGGCAUUUCCAUUUGGCCGUUUCUGAAGGGCGGGACUAUAGUUCUCCUGGCGAGGUUUUGUCUUUUCCGGCUUCUCAGUCGCUUAGGAUUUUCUGGUCGCACAGUCCCCUGGAGAAGGCCGGAGAGUGGUGCUCCCCGCCUCACAGCCAAUGGUCGGAGCCUCCGGUGGUGCUCACAGCUUACACUUGGGUUGAAGCUCGGAGUCACCGCCCGGACCCACGCCAGGGCCGGGACAGGGACCGCCAUUCCUGCAGCGCCUUCUGCUCCCGCCCCGCUCAGGCCACAGAGGGCAAUGGCGGCGCCCAUGCGGAGGAGACGGGCUGAGGUUGGCGUCACCUUUGAGGACAUUGCCCUGUACUUCUCCAGGGAGGAAUGGAGCCUCCUUGAUGAGGGUCAGAGACAGCUGUACCUGAAUGUGAUGCUGGAGAACUUUGAACUUAUAUCCUCGCUGGGUUGCUGCUGUGGAGAAGAGAAUGUGGAGGCAACGACUGAACAGAAGGUUUCUGUAAGAUUGUCACAGGCAAGGAAUCCCAAAGUGGCCUUGCCUUCCCAGAAGAGCCACCCCUGUGAGAGUUGUGGGCUAGUCUUGGGAAACAUUUUCCACGUGAUGGAGCCGCAGGGAACACAACACAGACAGAUGCUGUUGAAGUGUGGGGCAUGUGCAAAGUGGUUUUAUUUCCCUGCAAAAUUUCACCAGGAACAUGUGAGAGAGAAGACUUUCCUUAGAGGUGUGGACAAGAUCUCACUUGCAAACAGCUGCAAUUUCAAUGUGUCCCAGAAUCGUUUCACAUGCGCGGACGUUGGGCAGGGUGUCCUGACUGGGUCAGGACAUCUCCACCUAAAGGCUACUCAGACCAGGGACAGUCCAAAUGCAAUUUCGACAUGUGGGAUGACGUUUCAAAGGAGAAAAAAUUAUUACAGUAGAAAAGAAUGUAAGAGAGACAUUAGUUGCACCCACACAUUUAUUCAAGAAAAAGGUGUCCAUCUUGGAAGUGGGUGUUGUAUGUGCUCCGAAUGUGGAAAAUAUUUUACCAAAUUUUCUAGCUUUCAUUCUCAACAGAGAGGUCACACGGGAGAAAAGCCUUAUGAAUGCAGUGAAUAUGGAAAAUCUUUUAUCGCUAAGACUGAUGUUCAUCAACAUCAGAGAGUUCAUACAGCAGAAAAGCCUUAUAAAUGCAGUCAAUGUGGAAAAUCUUUCACCAGUAGUAGUGACCUUCAACGUCAUCAGAGAGUUCACACUGGAGAAAAGCCUUAUAAAUGCAGUGAAUGUGGAAAAUCUUUUGCACGGAGUGAUGCCCUUGGUAUUCAUCGGAGAGUUCAUACAGGAGAAAAGCCUUACACAUGCAGUGAAUGUGGAAAAUCUUUUACCAGGAGAACUGGCCUUCAUUAUCAUCAAAGUGUUCAUAUGGGACAGUGGUUCCCAAACUUAUUUGGCCUACCCCCCCCUUUCCAGAAAAAAUAUUACUCAGCGCCCCCUGGAAAUUAAUUUUUUUAAAAUUUUAAUAGCAAUUAAACAGAAAGAUAUAUGUAUUAA